CGCCCGCCCUUGAAUGUUUAGGCGGCACCAUCUUUGCCCCUGGUUCGCCGGCGAACGCAGCCUGAACAUUAAUUUCGAUUCCGCUUGCCCAUGCAGUUCCUGUCCAUUUGAUAGUGCGGCGUGGAUCGAGCUGUGCACCGUUGUGUUCGGAGUGGACUCUUCCAGGACAAGCAGCGUUACUCAGUCAGUCAGCAGAUAAAGCGCGGGUACUAAUGCCUCAUCCUCGUGAACGCUAGUCCCACACUGAUGACGGACGACUUACGGAUCACUAGAUGGAAGAAAUCGCACAGGAGUUAACGGGUCAAACUCCAACUUUCGAGGGACCUGACGGCUCAGGACACUGAAGAUGAUUGUACGGCGGGAGAAGGAGCCAUGGUCCGUUUGCCCACCUUUUCCCUCAUCUCUAACACCGUAGAACCGAGCAGGAUGCUGAAGAAGAGACACCCAUCAUGAAAUAUGGCGACGUGGAUACUGUGCAUUUACACAGCGACUCUGACAAGCUUCCUUCUUGGACGGACCUUUGUCGACGGAGUUCGAAAGGACUGCAGUAACCAUACGAGUAGCCAUAAAGUAAAAAGGAACACAGAAGCUGGGCUUCAAAAGGAAAAAGCAGGCACACGGUCUCCCAGUACUUUUUUGGACGACUUGCUUUGCAAUUAUGACAAAAGGAUAAGGCCUGACUUCAAAGGACCUUCAGUGAAUGUUUCCUGUGAUAUCUACGUCAACAGUUUUGACUCAAUCUCAGAAACAACCAUGGACUACCGGUUGAACAUCUUCCUGCGUCAGACAUGGACCGACCGCAGACUUGCGUUUGAAGAGAACGAGGAAAUGGGAUAUAGCGACAGCCUCAGCCUGGAUCCCAGCCUCCUGAAGAAGAUAUGGGUCCCAGACACUUUCUUCACCAACGAAAAGGGCGCCAACUUCCAUUACGUGACGACAGAGAACAAACUAUUGAGGGUUAACUCUAAAGGAGAAAUAUUAUACAGUAUCAGGUUAACACUAACACUAGCCUGUCCCAUGAAGCUACAGCGGUUCCCUAUGGACCAGCAGGUCUGCCCGAUGAAGCUGGAAAGUUAUGGGAUGACAACGGACGAUAUGAGGCUACAGUGGAACUAUUUAAAGAAGAAUGGAGAGGAACAGAACCCUGUCCAAAUAGCGGACGACUUGGAGCUCCCACAGUUCAGAAUCGUCUCGAUACGUUACACGCAGUAUACUAUGGAUUACAGCACUGGCUCGUACUCCAGGAUGAGGGCAGAGUUCACACUGGAACGUCAGAUGGGGUACUACAUGAUCCAGACCUACGUACCCACAAUCCUUAUCGUCAUCCUGUCCUGGGUCUCGUUCUGGAUCAACAUCGAGGCUGCGCCUGCGCGAGUCGCGCUUGGAAUAACCACCGUGCUCACCAUGACAACGCAGAGUUCAGGGUCCAGCGGUGCCAAGCCUAAAGUAUCCUACGUCAAGGCCAUAGACAUCUGGAUGGCUGUGUGUCUUAUGUUCGUCUUCGCGGCGUUGAUAGAGUUCGCCGCUGUCAACUUCGCCUCCAGGCAAGACAAGGAGGUGGCCAGAAGGAGACAGAAGAUGAAGCAAAAACAGGAAGAAAAGGAAAAGGCCAAAAAUCUAAACAGAAAGAAGGCUAACUAUAGCGGAUACAGCGUAGGUGGUCAGCAGCUCAGCAAAGCCACGGAGCGAGGCUCGCAAGGGGAGAACAAGGAUCAGACAAAGAACGGAGGAUCUAUAGAGAAACCAGUCAACCCCACGGAGUUCCUGGACAAAGCAAAAAAGAUUGACUCCAUGUCAAGAAUCAUCUUUCCCUGUGCGUUUCUUCUCUUCAACGCCAUUUACUGGCCAACCUACCUAGGGUGAAGAUGACACAGGAGCAUGAUCUGUAGGUCAACAUCCUCGAGAUAAGGAAGAACCAGACUGCCUGUAGAUGUCCAGCCUUAAGGCUCCUACUGUCUCGACAUUAGACCUGUCCAACGUGCCAGAAUCUGUACAUUGAUCCGCGACUUAAUGUUUUUGACUGUUUCUCUAUGAAGUACAAGAUUGCACUACUACCGUUUCUCGCCUUUGCCACAUCCUACAACCUCGGAGGUCAUCAGGUCACGGCGAAGAGUGGAAGAUGCGUAGUGGCAUCAAAGAGAACUCUACAACUGUACAUAUCGCAAAUUCGUUCAACCGUAUUGGAAAGAGUCUCUGAGUGUGUCUUACUAUUUAGUACAUAAACAGUUGAUGACAAUGAUUGACAAAAAUAGUGAUAUAUUGAUUGUUCUAAAUUUGCUGUUUUGGAUGAUUAUUCGUUUUUCGUGGGUGUCGGCUAUGAAGAAGGAGGACAUGAUCUUUGCGGUAGAUGGUGGCUUUGUCAGCUUGUAAAUGUUGAUUAAACCAAGUUACCAAUAGAAGAGGGCUACGCGAAGGAUGGUGCGUAUAUAGGCUGGUGGUAAAUUGUGUAAGCUUUAUUAUUGAUACCGAAGGUCGGACCAAGGACACCCCUUCAUGUAGACUUACGUUGUUAUGGUGAGCACCUCGCGCCAGCGAUGGAUUUUCCAACCGUCCACCGUCUUUCAUCGUAUGAUUACACAUAGUCGACACAGAAGAGAAUUAUCCCUAAAGUGUCAUUCACGGGCGGUGAGAGCAGUCGAUGAGGGCCUUGGGAGCAAUGCCUGAAAGUCAGACAUCUGAUUGCUUUAUCAUCCUGAGGACGGAGCCCCACGAUAUUAGUAUGUUCAUGGUACGUACGUACAUGCUGCGGUAGGUUUAGGACGUUAUCAGUGUAAUACCUGUUGGUUACGUAACGUCAUAGCUUCCUCUGUACCUUUGAGAUAUUUCUUGUUCGUCAUAGAUACCCACCGAGACAGCAACGAGAGAAAUAGAAGAAUGGAUUCUCUACAUGUAAUUUGACUGUUGUAAUCUCUGAAGGCAAAUGUGAUUCAAACGAGUGCUUUAUUGUUGUCCAAGUGACGCGUCAUUGCUACGAUAUAUUGUAUAUUUGGUAUGAAAUGAACCCUGCCGUUUGGCUCCAUAUUAUUGCACUAAACGGAACGUUGCGUUAAUCUUUCAAAAUGGAGAGUCCAGUUUCUACUGACUCACUGCAUACGUUCAUACAUGUACAUAUCGGUAACAUAAUUGCCUAGUCGUUAGGAUAUGUGAAGCCACAGAUUAUUGCCAAUGCAAAACAGUGUUUCUUUUCAGUAACCUCUUUUGUAUGAGUAGUUUGAAAACAGGUAGGAAUGUGUAAGUGAAAAGAGUGAAGCGACUCGAGCUAUAAGUACCCAUGUGCGUAUUCAACCGUAUUUCGUGAUUUAGGGCGUGGUCACAUAGGUCGUGCGAUCGUCGUGCGAUCGCUAACUUCGAGCAUUUUAUAGGACAAAAAAUGUACGUCACCUGUGAAGUUCAACUCUCUUGGUAAAUGCUGUUUCGGAUCAAUGCCGGGGGUCGGCCUGCUUGAAAAUCCUAUGACAUCAAAAUCGUACGACGAUCGCACGACCUAUGUGACCGCGCUCUUAUUAGUAGUUAUCAUCUGUUUCUUAUAUUCUCUUACUGAGAUAUGUCUUACUUUAUCUGUUUACAUGUCAUACGCAUUGUACUACAUACGAAGACAGCCCUGGCUUAUCUUUGAUUAUCAGUUGGAAAACAUGAUAGUCUGAAGAGGCAUACCUAGGGUACAGUAAGGUAGGACGUCAUUUGCUGUUAUCAGACACUAGAGCCGUCAUGAGGAGCUGACGGUAACAUCGAGUCAGACACACUACCAUGGCAACAUAACAGGAAGACAGAAUUCCCAUUCCAAACACUUAAGGUGGUGUCUCACUGCACUUGGGGUACCGGUGCGGCACUUCGGGGUUCGUUCACUGCGGCACUAAGGUGUUAUUU